AUGUCAACAAUUGACAGCCAUGAUUUAAACGGAACGACACUUAGACGGGAUAGUACUCAAAUCCUCUCAGGUAAGUAUCAUAUCUACAUUACACUCGCAUUAGAUAAUAUUUCUUUCUCAAUUGCACCGCGGCUACUCUUUUUGUCAGCUACUUUCGCAAUGGCUCAAGCAACCGAACAGAGCUCAUCGUGCAAGAUCAACCUAAAUCCUGACACUACAGAUAUCAAAUACACAAGCUAUGCAAAUCUCGUUAGGAGCGUACAACUCCGUUCGGGACACACAUAUCGCUACGUCUUUAAGGCUCCAUUCAACUCUUCUUUACCUACACUCUUGUUCCUGCACGGCUGGCCUGAGACAUCCUAUUCGUGGGUGAAUCAGAUCGAAUACUUCACUCGGCAUGGCUACGGUAUCAUCGCUCCCGAUAUGAUAGGAACUGGUGGAACGGACAAUCCCAAUGACUUGGAGUCAUUUACAUUCAAACGAACAGCAUCUGAGAUGGACGAAUUGCUCGAAUGUGAAGAACUCGAUCAGGUUAUAGGGAUCGGGCAUAACAUUGGCUCCGCCCUCCUCUCACGCCUCCAGCACUACCAUCCCAACCGCCUUAGUGCCCUUGUGUUUCUCACGUUGGGCUACUCCGUACCUGGCGCCGACCUCACCCGUGAUUUCGUGGACGCUACAAACGAGGCCACCCUCGCUGCAUUCGGAUACCCGCUCCUCGGGUACUGGUACUUUAACGAACGCGACGAUGCGGCCGUUGUCACAGACAAGCACCUCGACGCUCUUUACAACAUUGCCUACGGCACCGAUAUCACUUGGGCUCCAAACAUCACAGAAGUAGGGGCCCUAGAGCGCUGGUUGCACGCAGAUGGCCGCAUCCCCUUCCAGAAUGAAUUCCUGACCGACACCACACUUGCACAAUGGCGCACUAUUUUGCAGGCGCAAGGCGGUAUGGAUGGCCCAUUCAAGUGGUAUCGUGCAAUGAUGCGCGGUUACAACACUGCUGAUGAACAAGCUCUGAAACUCUCGACUUCCCCAAUUGUCACCAAGCGCUCCUUACUCAUCGUCGGCGAUAACGACCCUAUCGCUAUCCCCAGCAUCCAGCUCAACAACACUGUGCCGUACAUUCCGUUCCUGACCGUUAGGACCGUACCUUCGAGGCACUUCAUGCAGGCUGACACCGCGAGAGAUGUAAACAGGCACUUGCAUGAAUUCUUGCAGAGUUUAGAGAAGUGA